AUGUGGAAACCAAUACUCAUCGUUUUAUUUGGCCUGUCAUCAGUAUGGAGUGAAUUAUUCAAUGAGGAAUUUGUAAGGUAUGGGUCUAAUGAUCUUAUACCUAUUGUGUUGAAGGGAAAUUACUCACAAAAUUACACAAAAAUUAUCAACAACAAUAUUUCCUAUUUAUUUCUUUAUGAUUACAUGUUGAAUUCAACUUUUGAGCCACCAAGAGUUAAGGUCACGCUAAUAGAGCCAGAAAAUAAUGAUAUUGUAGAUCCCUUAAUAGUUGUUGUAAGACACCGCUCUGGUGUAAUAUCAUGGCAACUUCCAUACAUAGAAAAACAACAAGAAAUAAAAUAUUACAAAGCUGCUCAUAUAUUAUGUCCAUUAUUAAGUGCUUCCAAUAAUGAAAGUAGAAUAGUUGUAAGUGUAUCAACUAACAGUAUACAAAAUGUCACAUUCAUUUUACGUUUAGAUGUUCAAAAAUCAUUUAAUGUAUUAUUAAAUCAAGAAGUGUCAUUUAACUUAUCACCAUCAGAACCAGUGUAUUAUUAUUAUAGUUUUAAACAAAAUGCUUCAAUGGUAUUACUGCAUGUUAAAUCUGAUGAUGUCAUAUGUAUGACAUUGUCAAUACAAAAUUCAUCGUGUCCAGUUUUUGACUCACUAGAAACAGUACAAUACGAUGGUUUGCGACAAACUGUCAGUAAAACUGGCGGCAUUAUUAUAUCGAAAGAUGAGUACCCACUUGGAUUGUUUAUAGUUUUUGUAGUUCAUAGUGAUAAUUCAGCAUGUCAUCAAGGAAACUAUCAAACAACAAAUUCUAAGACAAAAAGCAUUAGUUUUGUGGUGAAACCAACUGUUGAUUUUAAUUAUCAAAUAAUCAAUUGCUUAAUAGUAAUUUUUAUUUUUAUUUCUAUUUUGGUGUUUACCACAUUUUUUUAUCAUACUAAAAAUGAUGAUAUGAAAACAAUUGAUAUCAUACAAGAAGAACCAUCAACUAGUAUUUGUUCUACCCCUGUUAAUAUUCAACCUGAUAAUGUGAGUUAUGAUUCAUCUUUGGAUGAGACUGAUAUUGACAUUUUAAAGUCACCUGAACCUUGGAAAGAUUUGAUUAGAACCAAAGCAUGUCUAUACGUCAGUGAUUUAUCUAAAAAAGAUCAUAGAAUUUUAAAAGCCAAAUCUAGAUUAUAUGUAUGGAAUUUGAUAACAGUAGCAGUAUUCUAUUCAUUGCCUGUUAUUCAAUUAGUUUUUACAUCACAAAAAAUGCUAAAUGAAACUGGAAAUCAAGAUUUGUGUUAUUAUAAUUUUCUGUGUUCGCAUAGUUUUAUAUUAGGGCCAUGGAAAUUUAGUGAUUUUAAUCAUAUAUUUUCAAAUAUUGGGUAUAUAUUUUUUGGACUUCUUUUCAUUUUAAUUACAUAUAAACGAGAAUGUGCGAAUAUUCCCAAUAAAAAAUUUGGUAUUCCUAAUCAUUGUGGUUUGUAUUAUGCAAUGGGAUCAGCUUUAGCUAUGGAAGGGUUAAUGAGUGCUUGUUAUCAUGUAUGCCCUAAUCAUUCCAAUUUUCAAUUUGAUACAAGUUUUAUGUAUAUUAUAUGUAUGUUAAGUAUGAUCAAAAUUUAUCAAACUAGACAUCCUGACAUCAAUGCAAAUGCAUAUUUAGUGUUUGGUGUUUUGGCAUUUGUUAUUAUACUUGGUCUUACUGGUAUAAUGUAUGAAGGUCCAGUACUUUUUGCGCUCUUCACUUGUUUACAUCUAAUAAUGAUAUUUUGGUUAUCUGCACAAAUAUACUAUAUGGGCAGAUGGAAAUUAGAUAAAAAAACACCAAAACGAUUUUUAAAUCACAUAAUGACUUCACCAAAUCCAUGUAAACCAAAGUAUCCAAACCGUAUGGUUUUAUUGAGUAUUGGAAUUUUAAUAAAUUUGGGAUUGGCCAUAAGUCAUUGGAUCAUAAAGUUUGGUAAUUUUGGAAAUUACCUUUUGAUAUUGUUUAUGGUCAAUUUGAUUCUGUAUCUAUCAUUUUAUAUUGUUAUGAAGUUAAUAUCAAAGGAAAAAUUAAAUUUUUGGCCAUUACUAUAUAUUUUGUUGGCUAUGAUAUUUUGGUCUGCAUCAUUGUAUUUUUAUGUGCAUAAAUCAAGUUCAUGGACUCUAAGUGCAGCUGAAUCAAGAACAUAUAACACUCCAUGUACCUUUAUGGAUUUCUAUGAUAACCACGAUAUUUGGCAUUUUUUGUCAGCUAUUAGUUUGUUUCUUUCAUUUAUGGUUUUGUUUACAUUGGAUGAUGAUGUUAAUAAUAAACUUACAGCAACAAUACCUGUUUUUUAG